GCCGCUUGCCUUCAUUAGCGUCAUCAGCAGCGACUGACUCGCCAUCCCUAGACCACCGAGAAGUAUGGAUUAUCCAUCGAAAAACCAAAGAAAAUUAAUAUGAGAUUGCGUCGUUAUCCGUAAAAUUGCGUCGAUUAAAGCUACCUUGAUAGCGUUAUUAGUUUCGGUUACAUGCGGUCUUACUAAAUGAGUCGUUGACGGAAAAUCAGCCAUCCCUUUCCACCACGAAGUUACCACUUUCAUGGAUUUACAGCAUAGGCAGCAAACACUCGUGUCCUUGUAAACAGACCCUCACGGAGCUGCGACUCAGCGUUGUUCGUAGAGUACAAAAGAGCUAACGCAGUGCCUUCGAACAUUAAUUUAAACUAACGAGUGAGCUUCAACAAUGGCGGAAAGUAAGGGCGUUUGCUGUCGGGCAAGGGAAAGUUUCAAUGUCGAUAAAGAAAAAACAACGAAAUUAAAAACCAGGUGCAUGUUUUUGUCGAUGCGUGUGAAGGAUUUAAUGUUAACAUUUACUGUAGCUAGCAGAUAGGAAGCUAACGUAUCAUAGCUUGCAACUCGCCUAGCAUAUCGACGUCCCACUAAAUUGUUAAUUAUGAUGAUCCUUUGAAUUAAAAGACGGCCUUAACGUUAUACCUACAAACUAACCGUUCAUUUUUCCAUCGGGGUAUCUGAAUCGUAAAUAAUAACUUGAGUAAAUGGUGCAAAUCUAGUUAACGAAAUGAGAUAGCUAGCGUGCUAAUUUAAGUAUUUUGAUAGUUUUAACCACUGGAUGUGACUGGAAUAGGUAUAACGUUCAUAGGUUAGCAGUUUUCCGCGCUAACGUUAAUAAGUCUGUGUUAGAUCAAAUGUCAUUCGCUAUGGAAGAUUCUUUAGAGUCUGGUUGGGUCUCUGUGCGCCCAAAUGUCUUUGAUGAGAAGGAAAAGCACAAAUUCGUUUUUAUUGUCGCCUGGAAUGAUAUUGAAGGAAAGUUUGCCAUUACAUGUCAUAAUAGAACUAUUCAGAAGAGGACUGCAGUGAGAGAUUCUCUCGUUGAAGCUGCCGAGAGCGAAUUCGUUUCCGCAAAGGGUGAGAAAAAGAAACCAGCAUCAGAUAAACAGAAGUCUUCACUCAAAAGUCACUCGACAGACCGAACGGAUAUAUGUAUCCCCACAAUUUCAGGGGAGAUCCCGGUGAAGGGACUAAAUGUUACCAAGAGACAUAUUACGGGGAAAACUGUGGAGACGAGGCCAGUAAGAAGUUAUACGAAUGGAAGGCUACUAUUACCUGUAGACAACACUAAAGUUUCUGAUAUUGAAGUAAUUGACCCAUCCACCCUAAUUGGUGACACUGACAACGCAGGGGGUUUGGAGGAUUUAGACUGUUUUUUAAGGCAGGAUUUCAGCUGGGCCAGCUUGUUCUCAUUUCAAGACAUGCGAACCGUUCACCUGCAACUCUGUGCGGUCAACUCUGACUUGGAACCGUGUUUACCCCCUUUCCCCGAGGAACAUUCAGGAAUGUGGACUGUGCUGUUCGGGGUCCCAGAGCUCACCCAACGAGAGACUGAGAUUCUAUGCUACCAGCUGCAGGUCUACUUAGGUCAUGCCCUAGAUACCUGUGGGUGGAAGAUCCUCUCACAGGUGCUGUUCGCGGAUGGUGACUCGGAAGAGUACUAUGAGAGUUUGAGUGAGCUUCGUCAAACUGGCUACGAGGAAGCGCUUCACAGAGCCAAGAGACGCUUGCAUGAGCUGUUAGAGAGGCAGCGCAGCAUGGAGAGCAUGGUGGAGCUGCUUGAUCUGUAUACUCAGCAGGAUGAAGCAUAUGGAGACCUUGUGGAGGCCACCACUGAAUUAUAUCACUACCUGCUCCAACCCUUCAGAGACAUGAGGGAGCUGGCUAUGCUACGCCGACAGCAGAUCAAGAUAUCCCUUGAGACAGAGUACCUCGGCCCACGACGUGUGGAGGGGUUGAAGCAUGAGGAUGAAGACUGGCAAAAGAAGGCUCACACCGCUGCUCUCUCCAUUCAGGACCUUACGGUCAAGUACUUUGAGACUACAGCUCGAGCACAGAAAUUGAUGUACGAGCGUAUGAAGGUUGACCAGCGUAAGUUUGGCAAAGCUGCAUGGACUGCAGCUGUGGAGCGCAUGGAGAAGCUCCAGUAUGCUGUAUCUAAGGAGACACUGCAGCUGAUGAGGGCCAAAGAGAUAUGCCUGGAGCAGAAGAAGCAUGGUCUUUGUGAAGAGAUGCAGGCUCUUCAGGAUGGGGAAGAUGCAAUGAAACACUUGGACCACCUGGAGGCACUGUAUUAUGAACUGCAGCUGCAGCUUUAUGAGAUUCAGUUUGAGAUCCUGAAGUAUGAGGAACUGCUGCUUUCUGCACAGCUACAAAGUCUGCGUAGACAGAUGAUGGAGAGGCAGGAUGAGGUGGUAUAUUAUGAUGCGUAUGAGAGUCCAGAUGCCAUGCAGGCCACUGAUGACACUGCAUCCCUUGCCCCCCCGCUUAGAGAUGAGAUCGCUAAACUUCAACAGAAGACCCGGCAACUGGAGGCCAUAAGGGGGCGCAUUACCGCUAAAAAAGCCUAUCUCAGAAACAAAAAGGAAAUCUGUGUCAUCAAUCACAACCAGAAGAUCCAGCAUCGCAGAAAUGAAGUCAGUGGCGACUCGCAGCAUGGUCUUCACCAGAAUGAAGAGGAGGAGGAGCUCAGGAACUCAAGAGUUAGACAGGAGAGACAGAAGACCCUGGACCGCCUACGUAGCUUCAAGCAGCGCUACCCUGGUCAGGUCACCCUGAAGUCCCAGAGGCUGCGAUUGGCUCACAAUAGGAAGAAAUGUGGAGCCAUCCAGUCCAUGACUUCAACAGAAAAGCAGCUGCAUACACAGAUGAUGACACAGACACAGGUGGCCAGUGUGCAGACAGAUGACUGUGACACCUCCAUGGUCCCUCCAGAAGGGUCUGCAGGCAGUUUAGUCUGUUUCUCGUUACCUGCUGACGGAGCUAAGCCCGUCCUCUCUGCCCCUUGCUCUUUGCACCCAAACAUGGCCACUGCCUUUGUUCUGCCUUCCUCCCCUCCACCACCACCACCACCUCCACCACCCUUUUGUGAUGAUAUUGGCAGUAAGGGGCUUACAGAUGCCGUCAGCCCCAAGCAGCAGCCCUCCGCAGCCUCCCCCUCACCUCAUGGGUCUUUUAGUGCCCGGUUUGACAGUAGUCAACUUCUCAGUGCCCGUCGUAAACUCAGGAAGACCACGUCAUUGGAGUCAUCCCAGUGGAGAAGAGUAGCAAGCUCUCCAAUGGAUGAGGUGCUGGCAUCCCUGAAACGUGGUAGCUUCCACCUACGCAAAGCAGAGCUGCGCGUGAUGGCACCUGACCCAAACACAGAUGACGGCAGCAACAUUCUGGCCCAAAUCCGCAAAGGUGUCAAACUGAGGAAGGUGCCACCACAUGGGGGCCGCAGUCUGCCCCCUGACACCUGUGACCCCUUAACUCGUAGUAUUCAUGAAGCCCUGCGUCGUAUCAAAGAAGCUUCCCCUGAGUCAGAGUCUGAGGAUGAGGGACCUCCCUGCACAGAUUGGGAGAGCUAGGUCAUGCAGACAUUUAUACUUCUCACACACAAAUAUGGAAAGACAUACAUACAUUAUAAAAUGUAAAUGUGUAUAGGCUACACUUAUGACUAAGGUUUGGUCACUUGUUUGAAACGUCCACACAGACCCAUUAGUCAACACACACAUCUUCCCUCUAUGUCUGAGAUUUCAUAUCUGGCAUGUGUAUAAAUUAGUUUACCAAACCUGGAAAUAAUUGGGUCCUUUAAAAGUGUAGCUUAUUCAAUAAUCAUAGCACAUAUAAAGAACUUAUAACACCUUGUAAAAAGCUUCUUAUGCAUUCCAACCCUGUGCCUCUGUCCAUAUCAUAGCAAAUAUGUUUUUUGCAUUCAUAUAAUGUUGACCAAGGCAAGUGAUUAUCUGUACUGCAGUAUAUGUGUAAUAACUGUGUAAUGUGUUUUCACUUUGUGCUUCUUUCCGGCUGUUUAGAAAGACUCAGAAAGAAGUCUGUUUUGUCUCCUCCUGCGUCCGUGAGUUAAGACAUUACGAGAAAGGGAGACUUUUUAAAUUGUAUUAAAAUUACUUUUUAUUUCUCUUACUGGGUGAGGCCCAAGAAAAUGUCCCCCGUAAACUGUGUAGUACUGCCACCUACAGUAAAAAAGUCUCUCUUACAGUAUCUUGUGUAAUGGUUCUGAAUGGACAUUAACAACAACAAUGUUAUUGUGUUUCACUAUUGUUAUUUUUAAAAAGAAAACAAAUGUCCCAGUGGUGAGGCAGUGCAUUUCAUUCCUGUUCUUCCCAAUGAUCUGGUGGGCCAAAUUCAGAUUAACUCCAUAUUAGGAAUACCUGAUUACUUCCAAAGGUUUUGACCAGUAAGGUUUCAUAUCUGUCAACAUGCAAGACUACUGUAGAAAGUGUGUUCUUGCAUUCUAAGCAUGUUUUCAAAAACAAAACACAAAAAAUGCUCGUUAAGCAAUCUCAGCGUGAGCUAUUGCUUAAUGAGAGUGAUGAGUUGCCAUGGACCCUGUAUGUCUCAAGAAAUCUUGAACUGAACAUUAAGGUUUCAUUCCAGUCAACAUGCAAAAUUCUACUGUAGAUAGUGUGUUGUUGCACUCUAAGCAUGCUAGUACUGGGAAAUGCAAAAUCACUUAGGCUAAUAUGCCACCUCCCAUAGAUUUAGCGCUCAUAGCAACACACUACACUGUUACAUCUGUAGGAUUAAUGGAUUGUCAUACCGUACUGAACUCGGCUUGUUUCAUUUUUUCACAUGUAUAGUGUUUUUGUAAUCUUUUGUUAUUUCUUUCAAUGUUGACAUAACCAUGUUGAUUCUACACUCUAUGCAUUAUCUUAUUUUGUAGUAUAUUCUACUGGCAUACAAAAAAAGGCUGAAAAACUAAGAUGUCAAUCUUGUAUUCAUGACCUGUAUUUAGACCCACUGUGUUCUCAACUCAAGUCUUGGUUUAUGGACAAAAAAACGUUUGCAGCCUAAUAGCUCAUGUAUGCAGUACUUUGAAUGGAUAUUGAUGUGAAAGGGGCACACAUGAUUUGGGUAUAUGUACACAAACACAUUUAUUAUGGACCUUGAUUAUUUUUACAAGCAUGAGUUCUAAGCCAAAGCAAUUACUGAUUUGCUGUCCUCUCCAUUGAUCUACAUGUUUUUCUAACUAGCCCACUAAGGCUAAAAAUGGGUUGAACCAAAAUGUUAACCAUUUAUUAUUAAUUUAUUUCCUGAAAUCAGUCAUCCUCCCUACAUCACCUUCAUUGUCAGUGUACCAUGAGAUAGUUCUGAACAACUACAGCUAGCAGUCCUUUGCCUUACUAAGUGAUGUAAUUUGGAAAAUGUUAUAUAUUUUUUUUCAUUGGUUUAUGUCAAGGGUUCUCAGAUUAAUUUUGUAUGACCGCAUGCUAUGCAAAGGGCUGGAGGGUAGUUUUUGCCUUUAUUCAGACAGGACCGUGACUAGAGUGACUGGAUGUGAGUGGGAGAGAGAUGGGGUAGGAUUGGAAUAUGAACUGGGUUGGAUUUGAACCUGGGUACCUGUCGACACUUGGACUCACUGCAGCAUCUUGCACAGUGUAGUCACUCUUCAGCUCAAUUAGCUGUUCCUGUAUUCCUGUAGAUAGAUACUUUUAUUGUGCACUGCAGACAAAUGGGUCUAAAACACUUGGUGUCAUCAUUCUGACAGACAUUUUGUUGCAUUUUGUGAGUGAGAUGUCCGCGACUUCGCACUCCACUUGUGUCACCCACUAGGUACUGUACAGUAGCUAACUGCAAAAGACCGAUUGAUUGAGAGGAUGCAAAAUGGCUAUUGCUUGAGCUCAGAGCUUGUACUAAGACCCCAGCAAGUAUUAAAGGCCUCUCAUGGACUAGCCAGGGAGUAAGAAACAAGCUUAAUAUUUUACUUCUGUGCCCCGUAAGCAUCUAUGUGGCUGACUUUUGGAUUACGUUGUUCUCUGUAAUAUUUUGGCCUUUGUCUGUAAACUUAUUUUUCCUUAUAACUGUUACAACUGGUUUGCAGCCAACACUACACUUAAACUUAGUUUCAAGAGGUCACUACAUAUGUGCAAUACUAUAUUAUGAAAACUGAAAACCUUUAUUUCAUGUGUAUUUGAAGUUCAACAUAAAGUUCGAGGUCCAUUUGCAUGAUCGCUUAAACUACAUAUAUAUUUAUGAAGACUUAAUAUAGAAAAAAAUGUAUAGCAAUACUAUCCUGAUAUAAAAUGCUUUUUCAAACUUC